CGAAUAUUUAGUAGUUAAUUGCAUCAAUUUUUAAUCGAUUAUUGUCUAAUUGAAGUGGGUCAGACCCGUGGAAUACGUCACCUGAAUAGUUAAUAAAAUAAGUAAUUCAAAUUCAAUAAUUGUCCUUAUUUUAUUAUACUCGACCUUAACCUUGGAAGCAGACAUUACGUAGUGGAAAACGCUAUAAAUGGAAAUCGGAUCGAAUUUGUUACCGAAAAUAUUUAUUAUCCUCCUACAAAUAUUACCAGUGAAGUUACCGGUUUUUUUUAUUAAUGCGCUUAUUUGGUGCGAUUAAACUUGGGAGAAACGCUAUUAAAAUUUUUAUCGAUUCCUUCGGCAUACAUCGAUUCGCGUGUAAGCUUAAUAUGAAUCGAAGAAAGAGCCGUUAAUCGAGCCCGGUGACUAACAGAAGAUAGAAAUACCAAAUGUAUAAAAGGUAAAAGAAGGUGAUUCAACGGAUCGUUCGCCGUGAUUUCAAUGUCGACUUUCACGAUUGUCUGGCGUUAUUUUUCCCGUAUUUGGUCGGGCGAAUGUCGAAAAAAAAAAACACAUUAUAGUCCCGCCAAUUUCAAGGUUUACAAAGCGUGAUAAACGAUCGAAAAUUCGACCUACUUAGCGCCGAUAAACAGGAAAACUUAUUGUGGCGGAAAUUAUUUCGGAAAAUUCGAUUUCCCGACGCUUUUCUUUCGUAUUUGCCGCGUUCAAGCAGCCGUUUCUAACCCACUGACCGAUGUCCACAAUCUUUCGACCCCAUUCGGGCGCAUGUUCGAACUGGCUCGAGGGAGGAUUCUAGAUAAACACGCGCCAGUAGUGAUACGAACACAUUCCCUCCAAUAACUCCAAGUUUCCUUCAAACAUGUGCUUAUUCUCCCCAUCUAAAUCCACGCAAAAAUGAAUCGGUUCCUAUCAACCAGUUUAAACAACGUUUCGAUAGAUUUAUCCAACUCCUGGGCCGCGCAAACUUUCAAAGAAGCCGUUCUAUUCGGUAGAGACAAUGCUCGUUUCCAGCAGAAGCAGAUGCAGGAGAAGGAGGAGAAGCUGGUGAAGCUGUACGAGAACCAGCAGCAGCGCGCCUUCGACAAAGUGGGCAGGAAUAGCGCCGGAAGCACCGCCAGUAUGACCUCCACAGGAGGCGGGAAAGUCAGGCAAAUGUUCGACGAGCGACGGCAGAAAGCAGGAAUAGACAAAAGCUAUCCUUUGGAGCCGCUGAAACCGAAGAACAACAUCAAAGUCGAGCGGAAAAUUAAACCUGCUGUUAAUGCUAGAAAUACCGGCUUGAGUACUGUUAAAACUGGUAAGCCUGUGGGGAAGAAGAAAGAAGAGGACCUGGUGGAUUCCGAAGGUAACGACAUUUACCAAUCGAAGUCCCAUCGGGAUAUAAUCGAAUUAUCGAAUAAUCACAAGUACGUGGACGAUUUGGAUAACGAAGUGAUGCCGCGUGAUGAUACUGAUGAAGACACCGAGAAUAUCUUCAAACCCGGAAAAUUGUACACGAAAGAGAAAAUUUCGAACAAUAAUGGAAUUACGAACGAUGCUGGUGAUUCGAGAACCACCACCAAAUCGACUCCCAACAAAUUAACCGCCGCCAAAUCCAAAUCCAAAUCGAAGCAAACCAGCCCCGAACACCGCCGCACCGGUAUGGGAGACAAGCCCUCCAAUCAGGAGAUUCGAACUCCCUCGGCCAUCCGGACGGCGGACAAGCAACUGACGCCCAGAGCUGUUGUAGCCAGAGACGAUCUGUGCGAGUGCAACCACUGCGGCAGGCGCUUCGCCCAGGAGCGCAUCCAGAAGCACGAGGAGAUCUGCUCCAAGACGGGCAAGAAGAGGAGGAAGCCCUACGACGCCACCAAGCACCGCGUCUUCGGCACCGACUUGGAAUCCUACGUUAUACCAAGGAUGAGCGUCAGAAGGAGCACCGUCGCAUCCAUUAGAAGUACCCAGAAGAUAUCGUUUAGCGGCGGAGCGAACAAGAAGGAUUGGAGGCGAGCCCACGAGGAAUUCAUUUCGACGAUCAGGGCGGCCAAAGUGGCGCAAGCGCACGUCGCGAAAGGCGGGAAACUGUCAGAUUUACCGCCGCCGCCGCCAUCUUCGAAUCCCGACUACGUGCAGUGUCCGCAUUGCGGAAGACGAUUUAAUGAAUCGGCGGCGGAACGGCACAUUCCGAAAUGCGCCGAUUACCAAUUCAACAAGCCUAAACAUUCGUCGAAAUCGAAAUUAGGGGCCCGUAAAUGAGUUUAUUUUAUACACGAAUUUUUAUACGUACCCUACCUGCUCGGCUUCGUUAAUACCGAAUCGCUGCGAAUAUUACUAUAUUUAUUAAUAUUUUCUAUUUUUUACUACUGUAUAUUGUAUAGUUCUAAAUAUAAAUUUAGUAAAUUA